AUGUCCAUGUACUCGCAUCGCGGCAUGGGGGCCGUGCCCCCUGGCAAUUCGGCUCGUCUCAACGAGCUACUCGAUCAGAUCAGAGCCGAGUUCGAGACGCAGCUACGCCAGACCGAGGGGUUUGAACACCAGAUCUCCGCCCAAGUCAGCGAGAUGCAGCUUGUUAGAGAGAAGGUGUACGCGAUGGAACAAACACACAUGACUUUGAAGCAAAAGUAUGAAGAAGAAAUCAGCAUGCUCCGGCAUCAGCUCGAGGCUGCCCGCAAGGGUGGUCCCCAGCCAGGCAUGCCCGGCCCCCCUCAGCAUCCUGGCCCAUCUCAGCAGCCCCCCUCGAUCGCCCCCGGAAAUGGCCUCUUCAGCGGCAUCAUGGCCGGAGGAAACCAGGCCGGCCUCGCUCCGCCGCAACAACAUCCCCCGCCGCAGGAGCAGCAGCCUCCUUACCAGCAAGCUUACCCCCAAGGGCCCGUCUCGAAUGGCAUGGGGCCUCAGCCACCGCAGAGCACGGCGUCGCCCGGCCCGGGCAGGCGAGGCGUAGGCCGCCCCCCGAACGCAGUCGGCCCAGCUACCCCGCAAAUCAACACCCCGGUUCCGUACCCGGGAAACGCGCAAUCGCCCCAGGUCAGCCACCCGACGCCAGACCACGCCCGCAUGGGCGGCCCUCGAGCGCCGCCGGUCGGCAACUCACUGGGCGACCUUGAGGUUGACGCUGUGGCGCCACACAACAAGAAGACGGGAAGCGACUGGUACGCCAUUUUCAACCCCCAGGUCCAGCGUGUACUCGAUGUCGACCUGGUCCAUUCCCUCACCCACGAGAGCGUCGUAUGCUGCGUGAGGUUCAGCCAUGACGGCAAGUAUGUCGCCACAGGUUGCAAUAGAUCUGCACAGAUCUUCGAUGUCCAGUCUGGCGAAAAGGUCUGCGUUCUGGAGGACCACAACGCCCAGGACAUGACUGCCGAUCUCUAUAUUAGGAGUGUCUGCUUCAGCCCAGAUGGACGUUAUCUUGCCACGGGCGCAGAGGAUAAGCUGAUUAGGGUGUGGGACAUCCAAUCGAGAACCAUCCGCAACCAUUUCGCGGGUCACGAGCAAGACAUUUACUCCCUCGAUUUCGCCCGCGACGGCCGCACCAUCGCGUCCGGUAGCGGUGAUCGUACCGUGCGACUCUGGGAUAUCGAGCAGGGCACCAACACGCUGACGCUCACCAUUGAGGAUGGCGUCACGACAGUCGCAAUGUCACCCGACACGCAAUACGUGGCGGCCGGUUCCCUAGACAAAAGCGUCCGCGUGUGGGAUAUCCACACCGGGUUCCUUGUCGAGCGCUUGGAAGGCCCUGAUGGCCACAAGGACUCGGUCUACUCGGUGGCCUUUUCCCCUAACGGCAAGGACCUCGUCAGCGGCAGUCUCGACCGAACAAUCAAGAUGUGGGAGCUGAGCUCUCCGCGCGGCGGCGGCAACGCAGGGCCCAAGGGAGGCAAGUGCGUCAAGACGUUUGAAGGUCAUAGGGAUUUUGUGCUCUCAGUCGCCCUAACGCCCGAUGCCAAUUGGGUCCUGUCAGGAUCUAAGGACCGUGGGGUCCAGUUCUGGGAUCCUCGGACUGGAACGACGCAGUUGAUGCUCCAGGGACACAAGAAUUCCGUCAUCUCGGUGGCGCCGAGUCCGCAGGGCGGAUACUUUGCGACAGGGUCGGGCGACAUGAAGGCUCGCAUCUGGUCCUACCGCCCGUUUUAG